AUGGGGAGCGAGUCGUCUCAGAUUGAGAAGCCCACUGCAUCUCAGUUGCCAGAGGUGCAGGAGGAUGAGCACAGCGACGAGGCUGACACAGACGCUCUUUCCGUCGCCGGCAGCAACAAAACCUCUGGUACCAACAACACCUCCGCAAGUCGCGCUCUGGCGCGCGACCUGGAGAACUCAGUCCUGCAAAGUAGUCUAGAUCGCGAGCAGCGGAGAAAGCGGAAGAGGAAGAGCGUCGAAUCGCAACCGAGUGCCACGGAAGACCCUCCCGAUCCCGCCAUUUCUCCCGCACAAAACAGCGCUGCACAGCAAGACACCGAGGAGGAGGACGAAGACAUGGCCUCCAACGACAAUUCCAGUGUCAAUGACACGCCACGAAGCGAGCGUGAUACUGAACGCAAGCACCUGCUCCGGGAGUUACACCGCAUGAAAAAGACGGUGCUGGUCAACAGCGGCAGGGCCAAGUGGGCACCGAGGAUCAAUGGAGCGAAAUGGGAGGUGGAGAAGCUUCCGCCUGGCCAGUGGUCGAAGCGGGAGCUCUCGAACGAGGAAGAGGCGACCUUGAAAAAGUACAAGGCAAAAGUGAAGGACUUGAAGAAACGUCUGAAAGCGUUUGACAGAGCCGCAGACGCCGAGGUCGAUGGCAGAGAAGUGGAGCACAAUCAGCCAAUGUCAGAGGAUGAGAUCGCUCUACCAAGCGAUCAUGCGCUGGUCCCGGCUUCCAAGCAGGUUUUGACAGACGAUGAGCCGAUACAUACUCAAGACCCCGCUCAAGCAAGUCUGAGCAAGGUGGAUCGUAAGCGUCAAAGGAGGGAGCAUCCCAAGCCCCGCUCAGAGGCCGAAGCAGAGAUUCAAGUCGAAGAGGACGAGCAGAUGGCAGAAGCACCAAGUAAGAAGCGGAAGCGCCCUCAACCACAAGCCAUCACGUCCAGCCCACCACGGCCGUCUGCGGCCGCGGAAAGAAAACCGGUCCUGCGGAGUGUGGCGGGCAAACACAAGACAGAGCUGGUCAAAUCAUGGCUGAGCAGUCAAGGGCCGCAAGAUGACAUGGAUGGGGCCUCCGAGCACAGUGACCCUGACGUGCCCGAGCCCUCACGAAAACGAAAGCGCACGUCAAAAGACCCAGAGGAGGACGACGACGAAUUUCAGGCAGCCAGCGAGGACCAAGACGGUCGAUCAGCUGACUCAGAUGAUGACUUGCCAACAUUCAAGCCUGUYACGGUGCCUUCGAAGAAAGCGAGAGGCCCAAAGAGCUCGAAAAGCACAGUUCGUUCGAAGCAGAGGGCACCAUCAGAAGAGUCACAUGCUGCUCGAGAGAUGCCUGCAAUGUCCACUGGCCCGUUCACGGCAGACGAAAAGUCGCUGGCAGACUCAGUCUUCAACCAAGUGUUGCUCAGCGAAGGGAUCGACGAGGCUACACUGAAACAAAAUAUUAGCAAUUGGCGAAGCGCCGGCACAUUCAAAGAGGAAAUCGAGGCUGCUUUCCCGGCUCGGGAGAAAGCUUCCCUUCGAAAGUUCUGUCAGAGGAGAUACCAUAUGCAAGAACGAGGGCCUUGGACAGCCGAGCAAGAUGAAGAUCUUCGCAAUGCGCAAGCGAAUUAUCCUGAUCAGUGGCGAAAGCUGCAAGAUAUCGUUGGCCGCACUGCAGCAGACUGCAAGGAUCGAUGGACGAUGCACCUGUCUCAUAGCAAGAGAACUGGCGCUUGGUCGCAAGAUGAGGAAUGCAAACUGGUGGCUGCUGUAGAGAAUGCAAUGGAAACCAUCAAKAAUGAUGCCAAAACCGAUCCGGAAGUUGCUGCAGACAGAGUGGCCCUCGAGGAUGCUGUUCAUUGGAAAUGGAUUGCAAAAGAGCUUGGCAACACGCGAAACCCUAAGCAGUGUCGUGAAAAGUGGCAAAAUCUCAAGCGGAGAGAGACCAGAGAGUCCACUAAGCAUGACGGAACGUCUCGCGGGCCAGCCAAAGUACGUGCAUCGACGGCGAAGAAGCUCAACGCGGUACGGAAGAAGGUCCGGUCGUUCGAAAUCGGUGACUUCUAUGACAUCUUUGUCGAGAUACACACAGCUUUCGAUGAUACGUCUGAGCGUUUUCAGGAUGAGGAUAGCGUACUCUGGUCGAUCGUGGCCCAGAAGAACAUGGGCAGCAGAUUCAGUCUCAGCUCGAUGGGCGGCGCCCUUCGCCGUGUAGCUCUAGAACACGCAUUGAAGGAGUGGAAUGUCGACUCGAAGAAAAUCCGGCGGAGGCUUGAGAGUUCGGAGGCCUUGCCUGCCAAAGCAAAAGUGCUGGCUAAGCUCCUGGAAAAAAGUUACGCCGGACGCCUACAUGCCAUGUCGAGAACCUUCAUGCCUGAAAUGAUCGGGAUGAGCAAAGCCGACAUCUUGCAGUUCAAAGCGGAGAAGAAGAAGGCUUUGGCUGAAAAGAUGAAGGAAAGGGCAAUCGCAGCGAAGAGGGUGAGGGUGAAAUCUCAGGCAUUUGUAAAUGACAUGGAAGAUACAGACGAAGACGGCGAUGAUCCCGAUGGAGUACAUCUACGUACACCUGCAAUUGACGACGACGAGGGGAGUGAAGAGGAGGAUAUUGGAGAUGAUGAUAGCGAGGAGGAUCAAUCUGUCUGUCAGCGGAGACUUGAUGCUCAGCUCAAUGGCCGGCAAGAAGACCGUGGAGAGGAGAACGAGGGAUCCGACCUGCCCGGCGUCACCUCCAUUCCAAAAAGCGAAAACCCAGGAAGCGUUCCUGAUGCCGGCCAAGAUUCUGAACCCGAAAGUGACGCGCGAGACGCGCUUCUUAAGCAGGAGUCUGUGUCAGACGAGAGCGAGGAUGUACAGAGCUGGGGCCCUGCGGAUCCCAAUGAUCCGCACGACGCCGAGAUGUUGCGCCGAUUUGACGCUGCGAUCAAGGAAAUGGAGCAGCCCGCGCCGCCCGUGUAUGAUUCCACAGACGACGACGAAGAUGCAAAGGAUCUGGUCUAUGAUUCUGAUGAUGACGAUGAUGCAGGGCGAGAAGCCGUCGAAAGUCUGGCAGGUCGUUACCCUGCGUAUCCGGCGUACGCUGUGAGCUCACAUGGAGUUGAAACACCGGUAGUCAACCGGGACAAUUUCAUAAGAAAAUGUCGCGAGUGA